GAGACUCUGGGUGCGCCGUUGUGCCCCUGCCGGCACUAUGAAAACAAGGAGCUCGAGGUGAAGAAUGGCUAUUGGAACUGUCCAUGUGUCCCAAUGCGUGAGCGUCACGAAUGCCAUUGCAUGCUCUUCUUGAAAGACGACAAUCCCUUCGCGUCGCUGGGUACCGGUAGUGUUCCGAAGGUGAAGGUGGGAGUCGUGGGAGUCGUUCCCGGCACGAAGGACGGGCGAAUUCUUCUCUUUUAUAAGUGUCCUUGCCAAGUACAGGCGAAACUGGUCCAGUUUUUAUGGAAGAGCUGGUCAACAUGGCGAACUGGUCCGUUUCUUUUUUUCUGGUGCCGGUGA